AUGCAAGAUAUUUGUGCGGGCCUCAGACGCUUUGUGUUGAUGCAGUUUUUUCUUUUUCUAUCCAUGGGCAUCACGCUCUUCACCGGCAAGGACGGCCAGUCUUUAGAGGAGGCGCUCGACACGGCCUUCAGCUUCGACUCUGAGGUCCUGUGCGAGCGGUACAUCCCUCUCGGCCGCGAGGUGAGGUGUGCCGUCUUGGAGGGGGAGGACGGAUCCUUGGAGCUGCUUCCGUGCCUGGAGUACUUCCUGUCGGAGGAGAGUCCGAUUCGAGCGUCCAAUGACAAGCUGGUCACUGACAGCCGCGGCGUGCCUGUCACGGUCACCACUGGCGGGCGCAAAUGCCCUGCGGACAUCGACGACGUGCUGAGGGAGAAGCUCAGGCACCUGGCUGUGAGCAGCCACAAGGCGCUCGGCUGCAGAGACUACAGCCUCUACGAUGUGCGCAUCGACCCACAAGGCGAGCCUUACUUUCUGGAGGCGUGCCUCUACUGCUCUUUCGCCCCGAAGAGCGUCAUCGUGGGCAUGUGCGCCGGCAAGGAGCAGCAGCAGCAGGAGGUCUUCGAGACGCUCGUGAACCGUGCCAUCGCGAGGGGCAAGCGCGCAGCGAGCGGCACACAGCUCCUCGGCAUGAAGGCGUCUCGCUGA